GCAAGUCGCGCCGUGUUGCCGCUUCCCCGCACCCCACAAUGCUGCCAACUCAAGCGAUACGGCAAAACACGACCGCAGCAGUCUCGCGUGACGCGUGGAGGAGCGCGGCCGAAGGGUACCCGUCUUAUGUACCUCGCCUCGCAAACGGGCCACCUAUCCUGCCUCAACACUCUCAUUCCGUACUCUCACUUUGUUGCGGACGACGCGUUCGCUGUCUCGUGAAGCAGAUGCGGGUCCUGGAGCUCUCCACCAGCUCGCUUACCUGCGUGACUUGUCCCCAUCCAGCAUGAAUACCUCCAGCUGCAUUGUCGGCUGCCGCGUCGCCGUUCGUCCGCGAGCGAGCGUGACGCUGCUAUCACCAGCCAUCGCCUUUCGCCCAACGCCGAUUGUGCGCCAGGAAUUCACCACUAGGCGUGUCCAGCCGCAGCAAUCCGUCAGCCUAGCUCACCCUCGCCCGUUGUGCCUACUGAAGCAUGUCCCCGAGUUUCCAACGACUACUGCAGUCGCCCGCUAUGCAUCCGUCGCCUCGGACCCGCAUGACGAGGAGAUACCUACCUCUCCGCCCUUCACUGCCGGCCCCUAUGAGACCCUGACUAUUGGCAUUCCGAAGGAAAGCUAUCCCGGGGAGCGUCGCGUAGCCAUCACUCCUGCAAAUGUAAAACUCCUGCUCAAGAAGGGCUUCUCACGCAUUUUGAUCGAGCGCGGAGCUGGUCUUGAGGCCCAAUUCACCGAUGAAGCGUACGAACAAGCUGGUGCCAAGACAGUCGACAAAAGAAGUGUUUUUUCAGACAGCGACAUCCUCCUCAAAGUCCGCGCUCUAAGUAUCGAUGGCCCCGACAGCGAGGUCGACGCCAUCCGCGAGGGUGCCACCGUUAUCUCGUUCCUCUAUCCCAAUCAGACCCAGAAUAGACCCAUUGUCGAUAGAAUUGCUUCACGAAAGGCUACUGCAUUUGCCAUGGACAUGGUUCCUCGCAUUUCUAGAGCCCAGGUUUUUGAUGCGUUGAGUUCCAUGGCAAACAUUGCUGGUUACAAGGCCGUUUUGGAGGCCUCAAACCAAUUCGGACGAUUCCUUACUGGUCAGGUCACAGCUGCUGGGAAGAUCCCUCCUUGCAAAGUCCUUGUCAUCGGAGCUGGUGUGGCAGGCUUGAGUGCCAUCGCCACGGCUCGCCGCAUGGGUGCUAUCGUUCGUGGGUUCGACACUCGCUCGGCAGCCCGCGAGCAGGUGCAAUCUCUAGGCGCAGAAUUCAUCGAAGUCGAACUUGAAGAGGACGGGUCCGGGGCUGGCGGAUAUGCCAAAGAGAUGUCCAAAGAGUUCAUUGAAGCGGAGAUGAAGCUCUUCUACGAGCAGUGCCGUGAGGUCGACAUUGUCAUUACCACCGCCCUGAUCCCUGGAAAACCUGCACCGAAGCUCAUCACGAAAGCUAUGCUUGGCGCGAUGAAGCCUGGAUCUGUGGUGGUGGACCUUGCGGCGGAGGCUGGUGGUAACUGCGAAGCCACAGUUCCCGGACAACUAGCCAAGUACCAAGGCGUGACUGUCAUCGGCUAUACUGACCUUCCAUCACGAUUACCCACACAAUCAUCUACACUGUAUUCGAACAACAUAACUAAGUUUUUGCUUUCUCUCGUGCCGGAGAGCAAGAAGGAGAAACAUUACGAUGUGGACCUAAAAGACGAGGUAACCAGAGGCGCCAUUGUAACGUACGACGGCAAGAUCCUGCCGCCUGCUCCACGACCUGCCCCACCGCCUCCAUCAGCUGCAAAGGCACCGUCCCCAGCAGAUCAAGCGGCGAACAUCGUCGAGCUUACGCCUUGGCAAAGCCAGACCCGCGAGGUUGCUGCAGUCUCAGCCGCUAUGACGACAGCUGUUGCACUUGGAAAAUAUACAGGUCCUUUGUUCAUGUCCAACGCUUUCACGUUUGCUUUGGCGAGUUUGAUCGGCUAUCGAGUGGUCUGGGGUGUCGCGCCAGCUCUGCACUCGCCACUCAUGUCUGUGACCAACGCCAUCUCCGGCAUGGUAGGAAUCGGCGGUUUGUUUGUCAUGGGCGGCGGGCUCCUUCCUGAGACCAUUCCUCAGACCCUUGGCGCAUUAUCUGUUCUUUUGGCUUUCGUCAACAUCUCUGGCGGUUUUGUCAUCACAAAGCGUAUGCUCGACAUGUUUAGACGCCCCACAGACCCAGCUGAAUUUCCUUGGCUAUACGCAAUUCCAGCUCUGCUCUUCGGUGGAGGCUAUGUUGCUGCUGCUAGCACAGGCAUGUCAGGCCUCGUACAAGCCGGAUAUCUUGUCAGCAGCAUCCUCUGCGUCUCCUCCCUGUCUGGACUCGCCUCACAAGUCACCGCUCGCCGCGGCAAUCUUUUCGGUAUCCUGGGUGUGUUCUCGGGACUUCUUGCUUCGCUACUUGCCGUUGGCUUUGCACCCGAUGUGCUCACACAGUUCGCUGGUCUCGCCACUGUUGGAACGAUUGCCGGCAUGGUCAUUGGUCGUAGGAUCACUCCGACUUCCCUUCCGCAGACUGUUGCUGCACUGCACUCCGUUGUCGGCCUCGCCGCAGUUUUGACCAGCAUCGGCAGUGUUCUCGGCCACUCUGGGCCAGAGAUAUCAACCUUGCACUUGGUCAGUGCCUAUCUUGGUGUGCUUAUCGGUGGAGUCACAUUCACUGGAAGUAUUGUAGCGUUUCUCAAGUUGGCUGCGAAGAUGUCAUCCAAGCCCCUGGUCCUACCUGGGCGCCAUCUAAUCAACACUUCUUUGCUAGGGGCGAAUGUGGCCACCCUGGGUGCAUUCCUGACGUAUGCGCCAGGCGCGCCUCUGAUCGGUGCAGCAUGUUUGGUUGGAAAUGCAGUGCUGAGUUUCAUCAAAGGGUAUACAACCACAGCAGCGAUCGGUGGUGCCGACAUGCCUGUUGUCAUCACUGUUCUGAACGCUUAUUCUGGAUUUGCGCUGGUCGCCGAAGGCUUCAUGCUGGACAAUUCGCUUCUGACGACGGUCGGUGCCCUGAUCGGAGUUUCAGGUUCUAUUCUGUCGUACAUUAUGUGCGUUGCGAUGAACCGAUCUAUUACUAACGUAUUAUUUGGAGGCAUCGCAGCCACUCCACAAGCUCAGGCUAAGAUCGAAGGUGAAGUCACCAAGACAACAGCCGAAGCUACAGCUGAAGCUCUUGCUGAAGCCGAGAACGUGAUCAUUGUCGUCGGUUACGGAAUGGCAGUUGCCAAAGCCCAAUAUGCCAUCUCUGACUUCGUCAAAUACCUCCGCGCCAAAGGAGUGAAUGUGCGUUUUGCGAUCCAUCCCGUGGCCGGACGUAUGCCUGGCCAGUGCAAUGUGCUGCUCGCGGAAGCAUCUGUUCCCUACGACAUCGUUCUCGAGAUGGAUGAGAUCAACGACGACUUCGGCGAGACAGAUGUCACGCUUGUCAUCGGUGCGAACGAUACCGUGAAUCCAAUUGCUCUUGAGCCAGGCUCUUCGAUUGCCGGCAUGCCCGUUCUGCACGCAUGGAAGAGCAAGCAAGUUGUGAUCAUGAAGCGUGGCAUGGCGAGCGGUUAUGCGGAUGUGCCAAACCCCAUGUUUUACAUGGAGAACACUAAGAUGCUGUUCGGAGAUGCGAAUGACAGCUGCAAUGCCAUCAAGCGCGCGUUGGAGGAAAGGAAGUGAGAGGACAUCUAGCAGGGUUUUCGUUAUCUAACGAGCGACUUUCCUUUCCUUCCCCUUUCGUAGACAUAGACGUCUCGGCAUAUUGAAGCGAUGAUUGUCAUUGUUGCAAUGCCCGGCGCUAUACCCUUGUUCUUGGUGCUAAUCCUGAAGCAUCCCCACAGCUAUUCCUUGUUCAGACUAGCCCGUACAGCCCGACGCCAGGGUACACAACCAUGCGUGGUGACGUACAUAUGUCCCG